AAAUACAAUUGGUAUAGUAUGAACUGUCCUUAGGCUGUCACCAUUUGAAGACAUUCACUCAUUCACAUUCAGCUCCAUCAUCCAUCCAGUGUCCACUCUAGAACACACCUUUUUUUACACCACAGCUAAAAAGUAGUGAAUAGAGACAACCCUUCCACACACCACUUCUCCAAUCUCUCUCUCUCUCUCUAGAACAAGAAAACCACCUUCUUUCUUUCAUAGUCCUUUCUUUCCUUAUAGACACAAAAAAAUUGAUAAUGUAAAUCAAAUCACAUAAAAGGAAAAAGUCUAUUCAAAACUUAGCUAAAAAAUUCAUCUUUUGAGUCACUAGAAAAGUUCUACAUUCAAUGGCUUCUUCACCUCUCUUCCUCUUUCUCAUCAACAUUUUCUUUCUUCUCACACUCUCUUAUGCUGAAGAUGCAUUUGUUCCCUAUGAGUUUGAGGUCUCAUACAUCACUGCUUCUCCUCUUGGAGUACCCCAACAGGUCAUUGCUAUCAACAAACAGUUUCCAGGUCCUACUAUUAAUGUUACCACAAACAACAAUGUUGCUGUGAAUGUCCACAACAAAUUGGAUGAAAAUCUCCUCAUUCAUUGGUCUGGGGUUCAGCAAAGGAGGAGUUCAUGGCAAGAUGGUGUUCUUGGAACAAAUUGUCCUAUUCCACCAAAAUGGAACUGGACUUACCAAUUUCAAGUGAAGGAUCAGAUUGGAAGUUUUUUCUACUUUCCUUCACUUAAUUUUCAAAGAGCAGCUGGUGGAUUUGGUGGUUUCAUCAUAAACAACCGACCCGUCAUUUCGGUUCCUUUUGAUACUCCAGAAGGGGACAUUGUUGUUUUUAUUGGUGAUUGGUACACGCGCAAUCACACGGCUUUGAGAAAGGCUCUAGAUGAUGGAAAAGAUCUUGGCAUGCCAGAUGGUGUUCUCAUCAAUGGGAAAGGCCCUUAUAGAUACAAUGAUACACUUGUUCCUGAGGGCAUUGAUUUUGAACAAAUUGAUGUCAAACCAGGAAAAACUUACCGACUUCGUGUACAUAAUGUUGGAAUAUCAACAAGUCUGAAUUUCAGGAUUCAGAACCAUAACUUACUUCUAGCAGAGACUGAAGGCUCAUAUACAGUGCAACAGAACUACACUAGCUUAGAUAUUCAUGUUGGACAAUCUUAUUCUUUUCUGGUAACCAUGGAUCAGAAUGCAAGUUCAGAUUACUACAUUGUCGCAAGUGCCAGGUUUGUGAAUGAAUCACGUUGGCAACGAGUUACUGGAGUCGGUAUCUUGCACUAUUCAAAUUCCAAGGGGAAAGCAAGAGGUCAUUUACCACCGGGUCCAGAUGAUCAAUUUGACAAAACUUUCUCAAUGAACCAAGCAAGAUCUAUCAGAUGGAAUGUAUCAGCAAGUGGUGCUCGUCCAAAUCCACAAGGAUCUUUCAGAUAUGGUUCCAUCAACGUGACAGAGAUUUACGUAUUAAAAAAUAAGCCACCAGUGAAAAUCGAUGGGAAGCGGAGAGCAACACUUAGUGGUAUUUCUUUUGCCAAUCCUGCCACUCCAAUCAGGCUUGCUGACCAUUACAAAUUAAAGGGAGUAUACAAGCUUGAUUUUCCCACGAAGCCUCUAACCGGAUCUCCUCGGGUAGAAACAUCAGUAAUCAAUGGAAGCUUUAGAGGAUUUAUGGAAAUUAUACUCCAGAACAAUGACACCAAGAUGCAUACUUAUCACUUGAGUGGAUAUGCAUUUUUUGUUGUAGGGAUGGACUUCGGAGAUUGGUCUGAGAAUAGCAGGGGUACAUAUAACAAGUGGGAUGGAAUAGCUCGUUCUACAGCACAGGUUUAUCCUGGAGCAUGGACAGCAGUUUUGGUCUCCCUUGACAAUGUUGGAGUUUGGAAUCUAAGAACAGAAAACCUUGAUUCAUGGUAUCUUGGUCAAGAAACAUACAUCAGGGUUGUCAACCCGGAGCCUACUAACAAGACUGAGUUGCCGAUGCCAGACAAUGCUCUUAAAUGUGGCAGACUUCAGCAUUUGCAAAAGCCUCAAAAAAUUAUUUCAUCUGCUUCAAUCAAUGGGAAUGGGCUGAAGUUGUUAUUCACUUUGGUGAUGUUUGUAUGUGCCAUAAUCAACAUUUUCCAGUAAAAGCACAUUGUAGAUCAUCCUCUCUUAAUUAGUUGAUUGCGAAGAGUUUGGCUUGUUGGUGAGAUUUGUGGUUGAAUUCUUAAUUUUUUGGUUAGUCUUGUUUAUAUCUUGGAGUGAUUUUGACUUGUAUUCUUGUUCUUAGUUUAAUCUUCAGUGGUUCCCAGUUUAAUUAUUUGGGACACUUGUAAUUCUUUUAAUGCCUAUAAUUGUUGUAGUAACUACCAAUCACAUUCUUGAUACAUGAAACUUGCCAACACCGUUUCCACUUCAUACUUCCUUUAUCUUAAAAUUCUUGAUA